AUCGCUUCGAGCUUUCCGAUUCCCGCAAUCUGAGAAAUUUGUAGAUCUAGCUUCGGUCGGCGGCGAUGUCGGGGCGAGGAAAGGGCGGCAAGGGCUUGGGCAAGGGCGGGGCCAAGCGCCACCGCAAGGUUCUCCGCGACAACAUCCAGGGCAUUACCAAGCCCGCGAUCCGGCGCUUGGCGAGGAGGGGCGGUGUGAAGCGUAUCAGCGGCCUCAUCUACGAGGAGACUCGUGGCGUCCUUAAGAUCUUCCUCGAGAAUGUGAUCCGCGAUGCUGUGACCUACACUGAGCACGCCCGUCGGAAGACUGUCACCGCGAUGGACGUCGUGUAUGCCCUGAAGAGGCAGGGAAGGACUCUCUAUGGUUUUGGUGGUUAGGACUUCACGUUUGAUUAAAGUCUUGCUGUCAAGAAAUCCAAAAAACUGAAACAAUGUAGAUUGAAUUCGAGACUAUGUGGCUAGGGUAUCAGCAUCCGUUUAUGGGGCUUCUGAUGUUAGAAUUGCUCAUCUAGGGUUUUCUUUGGUCAUCUGUCCGUCGGUAAUUUAAACUGUUGUUGCUGGAAGCUCUGUGUGAAGUUACUGAUGUGCGACUCGUCCGCAAGUUUAUGAAAUUAAUAUCUCAUUGUGUUUGGUGAA